GCGAAUUGACUAAUGAGGGCUCCUGUUUUACGUCGAGACGGCGGCGUUAGCGUGAAAAUCACCCGAACCUUUUGUUUACAUCCGGUCUAUCUCUUAUCUGAAUAUACUGUAGGAACCCUAUUUUUGAGACAAUCUUCGUAUAAAGUCACUGACUUUUUUUAGCUUCGAUCCAGACCCAACGGUGAGGCACACUUGGUUUACACUGAUAAUAGGCGGUGCAGUGACGUAUUUAUCAUUGUACGCCGUAAACCAGACGCAAGUGCAACGCUACCUGACAGUUAAGGAUCUGAAAGCGGCACAGAAGGCACUGUGGUGGAAUUGGCCGAUUUUAACACUGCUGAGUUUGAGCACAUCAUUUUCGGGCCUUGCGAUAUACUCGAGAUUUUACAAAUGUGAUCCUUAUGAUGCUGGCUAUAUUACUAGUUUCGACCAGCUCAUGCCAUAUUACGUGGUAGACACAAUGGGUCAUAUACCGGGCCUGUCAGGAGUUUUUGUAGCAGGAAUAUUCAGCGCCUCGUUAUCUACAGUGUCUGCAGCUGUUAACAGUUUGGCAGCUAUUACUAUCGAAGAUUAUUUAAAGCCAUUGUAUAGAGCAGUAUUUAAAACUCAUCUCCCGGAGACCAGGGAAAGUAUGAUAACAAAAAUAACUUCACUGGCAUACGGAUUCGUAUGUCUAGCGGUAGCUUUCAUGGCGAAAUAUUUGGGCAACGUACUUCAAGCAUCCCUUACCAUUUUUGGCGUCAUAGGUGGACCACUGUUAGGACUCUUCUCUCUAGGAAUGUUCACUACUACCGCCAAUGAAGAGGGCGCUGUUUUUGGUUUAACCACCGGGAUAGUGUUAUCACUGUGGAUGGCAUUCGGUAAACAUCCACCUCCUGAUACUUUGCCAAGGACUACUCAAGGCUGUGAUAUAUUGAACAGAGCAUACUCAAAUCAUUCUACGCAUUUACAUUCCGGAGACCAAAGUGACUAUUUUUGGCUGUACAGGGUAUCAUACCUCUACAAUGGCGUGCUAGGGCUUGUAUCAACUGUGCUCGUUGGCUAUAUCGCUAGCAUUCUGAUCGAUAAGUGCCUCAGGCGACAGAAAAGGAUUUACGAUCCAAAUCUCUUUGUUCCUCCAUUGGAAAAGUGGAUGCGGAAGAAAUUACUAGAAAAACAAGGGAACCUCAACAUGACUGAGUCGUCUGGAUCGAGUGAUGAUUUGAAAAAUGGCCUAAGGACUAUUAGACAGUAUUAAAACAAACCAGUUUGGUGAAAUAGUGUAAUAUUUUAUUGUUACUUGGCAGCACUCGUAUAUUUUACUGUGUAGAUAUCUGUAAAGCAAGGUCUUCGCUAUUUGGUGGGUUCUUAACGAACGAUAGUCUGAUGUACUUAGCAUAGCACUGCAUUCUUUAAUAGUAUGUAACGUCAGAGACGACUAAUAACUGCCAAGCUUAACGGCCUUGCUUAGUAGUUAUUAACUAUUUGGUCGGAUUAUUUAUUUUGUACAUUUUUAUACUAAACAGACAGACGACUGAUAAUAAAAAAUAUUUAUAGUCCUUAUUUUACUGACUUUUGGUGCGAAGUGGUCGUAUGAUCAGCAACAGACUACUUGUCGUCGAUUUGGAAACAUUUUUUAAAAUAUUUGGCUGACGUUAGAAAUGUUGGGUAUUCAGCGAGAGUCUUUUGUAUUUAUUAUAACAAAAUAUUGAACACGUACUUUUUGUUGCAAAACCACUAAUGAUUAGAUUAUACUUGGCUCGUUUGCACAAUGUGGUGCAAGAAGGCAGUUUUCGAGCUACCUAAUUUUACAUAUUGAGUACGCAAGAAGUAUCUUUAAAAAAGAUCUCACGAUACGUGUUGCAAAAGCUAUGAAAAUGUUUAUUAACUUGAGUUUAACAUUUUUUGCAGCUCAGGGUAUGUGAUGAAGAAAAAUCUGUAGUGUUAGGAAUAGUCUUUGUCCAUAUGUCUUCCAUUUGAAAAAAAAAUGUUUUAAUUCCUUGUUACGAGGGAAAAUAAAUUAGUUAUAUUUU